AUGCCAUGCUUGCAUACAGAGUCACUUCCCUCAUUACCUGGCGAGGGCCGGUAUGGAGACACUUCGAUCCGCAGGGGGUCUCAAGAAUCCCAAUCCAGGCUGUGGAAAAAUGGGAAGAGUGGAGAGAAGAAAGGACGUGGGGACAAAAAAGAAAGUGAGAAGAAAAGUGUGAUCACCAGUGCUGGAUGGGUCUUCUCGCCGCUUUGGGGCCCAGGGGCCAAAACACAAAGGUUGGGAUUCAGGAUGGGAAUGGAGAGUGAGAGGGUGAAAGCGUGGCUGGAUGAUCACUCCCAGUCUGCCAGGUCUUACUUUAGAAGAUCCUCAAGUGUUAUGGAGGAGGAUAAAGAGCCCAAGGCCCAUCCUCUGUAUGGACCUUCACGAAGACCAGUGCACCCUACCAAACUGGAAAGACCCCACUCUUGUUUUUACAUCCAUCAGUUUGACGAUUCUUUAAACUUGGACCAGGGUCGAUGGCAUUCUUCACCUUCACCACAGCCUAAAUCACUGUGUUCACCCAGGCCUCUGAACUCACCAAGAACUCCCGGACCCUUUUUCUACCAAUGUAGAAAAGGUGAGUCCUGUGACUUUAUACUGAGGCUCUUUGGUGGGAGCCCCGGUCUUCUUAAAAAUGAAGAUGCCCAGGUUCAGGUCCUGCUACACCUUUGUGAGAUCACCCAAUAUCAGUGCUGUCAUUUUUCGAUGAUAACGGAGGACAAAACAGGUCUGAAGAAUCUGGGUCCUGUCCUUCAAUCAAAAAAAGAGUCUGUCAGUGGCCACACACAGAUGGAGUGGUACAAGUGCAUCAUGGGAUAUGUGGCCAGCAAAGGGAGGCUACUUAACAUCAAUGAUGCUCGUGAGGAUCCAAGAUUUCAAUGUGUGGAUGAGAAGGGAAUAGAUAGACCCAAAAGCAUUCUGUGUGUGCCCAUCCUAAAUCAGGAAAAAGCAGGAGGCACAUGUUUAGACGGGUUCUUCUCAGAGCAAGAUGAGAAAGUGCUUUCAUCACACGUGACAUUAUUUGGGUUGAUUUUGGAAAACAGUCAGCUGUAUGAGAACUCUGAGCAAGAGAGCAAACGCAACAAGGUUCUGUUGGAGUUGGCUCGGUUGGUGUCACAUGAUAUCUUGGUUAAUAGAUAUACCAACACAGGUUCUGUCUCUUGUUUGCUGUCUUGCAGGGGGUUUUUAGAGGUAUUCCAUUUUGAAUUUAACGAAAACAGCGGCUCGGUCCAGUGUUCUGCAAGGGACUGUGACACAAAUGACCAUAGCUACUCCAAGCAUGCACAAAACUCAUUCAAGACGCCGAGCAUGGCAAAAAUGACCUCAGACCAGCAUGACAACAAUGCCGGCCAGAUUUUGGAGGCCCCUCAGACAACAACUUUUAUCUUUGCACCUAUAAUAGGGAAACCAGGAGAUGACGUCAUAGGUGUGUGUCAGUUAGUCAAUAAAAGAAACGCAGCGAUUCCUGGGAAUGAUGUUUUUAGCCGAGCUGAUGAACGCCUCCUGGAAGACUUUGCUGUUUACUGCGCUUUAGGAUUAGAAAAAUUUAUCACGCUGCAGAUGGGAGAUAAAACCAGAGCCAACCUGGAUGUUACUAAAGAGGUAUUAUCUUAUCAGAUCUCGGCUUCACAAGAGGAGCUUCAAGCCCUGGAGAAGGCAACUAUCCCAUCAGCAGAUGCUCUCUGUUUACGGGAUUUUGGCUCCAGUGAUUGUGACAUGUCACUGACCCCCAUGGCUCAGGCUGUUGUGCGCAUGUUCUUGGAUCUCAACCUACACCAGGAAUUCAGCAUUGACUACAAGAGCCUGUGUCAGUGGGUGUUGAGUGUAAGGAAGGGCUAUAGGAAUGUAUCCUAUCAUAACUGGAGUCAUGCAUUAAGCACCGCCCAGUGCAUGUUUGCCAUACUCCAGGCAGAAGAUGAACUCAAGAAUAAUUUAAGCAGUCUGGAGGUUCUUGCUCUCAUUGUUGCCUGCCUGAGCCAUGAUCUGGACCACAGAGGAGUAAAUAACUUGUAUAUUGAAAGGAGUAACCAGCCUCUUGCUCAGCUGUAUGGCCAUUCAUCCCUGGAGCAUCAUCAUUUUGAUAUGUGCCGUCUCAUUCUCAACAACCCUGGCAGUCAGAUUCUCAGCUCGCUCUCUAAGAAAGAUUACAAGGCUUGUGUACAGAUGAUUGAGAAGAACAUUCUGGCUACAGACCUUACUGUUUAUUUAGAGAAGAGAACUAUGUUCUUUGAACGUGCUCAAAACAGCAGCUGUCUGUGGAAGGAUGAACACCACAGAGAACUGUUAAGGUCAAUGCUAAUGAAAGCAAGCGACAUGUGUGCAAUAACCAAACCAUGGCCUUUUCAGAAACGGAUUGCUAAACUUGUAGCAACCGAGUUCUUUGCACAAGGAGACAGAGAGAAGUGCGAAUUUAAAACGCAGCCAAUUAAUGUGAUGGAUCGAGAAAACUCUUCACACUUACCUCACAUGCAGGUUGAUUAUAUAGACGGGAUUUGCUCACCGCUCUACAAGGCCCUGGCCAGCAUUUUCCAGUCUUGUUCCCCUUUGUUAGAAAGUUGCAGAAGGAACAGAAACUGGCAACAGCUUGUAGAAAGUGGAGAAGAGGAAGAAAGAAAGAAAGAAAUAAAAGUAACAAAAAAUUCAUGAAUCCAUAUGAGGAAGGAAAUCGGAUUUUGAGGAAUGGAGCACUCAAAGGGUGAAACAAGUCAUGUCUGAUAUUCAGAUUUUUCCCACAUAUGAUGAAAUUCCCUGUGAUUAAAAAAGAAAUAUCAUCACUGUGGCCUCUUAGUAAUUCAACUCUGACAAAAGAGAUAGUAGAUUUGAAAACGUACAUGUAGCAGCUGUUGUCCCACCUUAAAGUUAAAGCUUUUUUCAAUAGUAGCACUGCUAAGGCAGCAUCAUACCUAAUACAGUUUGUAGAUUUGUGGUGCAAUUAAGCUUAAUCUUGAACAAUAUAUUGAAGUAGAAACAAGCUAUACAUUCACAACUGGUCAACUAAAUAGAUGUCUGAAAGUGUAUCCAGUAUGGCUGGUGAAUGCAUUUGGCUGUCAGUCUACAGUCUAAACAAGCGAAGAAUGAGGUAAAAUAUUUAAAAUGUGACUGAAAACAAUAAAAAAAAGAGAUUGAA